UUACGAUCUGUAGCAUGUGCGUGUGUGGCUUUCCUUAGCCGACGUCUUUCCCAUCAAUCACAGUCUCUGUGGGCAGAGGAAGAGGGAGAGAGAGAGGGAGUUAGAACACCACGAGGAGUGGCAACCCAAUGUGUGCAGCGAUGACCCUGAUAAUCCAUGUUGUCCGGGUUGGAAGAUAUCUGAAACGUCAGGACUUUGUUUAACAGCUGUAUGUGAAGAUGGGUGUGGACAGGGAAUCUGUAUUGGGGCCAAUCUCUGCCAGUGCCCCGAUGGUUCAUUGGCCAACUACUGUCAAGGAGAUACCAAAUCUGCAAUAAGAGAUGUGUCUGAAGAAAAAGCCACACUCCCUCCAGAGUAUAAGUAUGACAAAUCUGUGGCCCAGGGGAGGGGUCUUGGGUCAGCAUCCAGCCAAGAAUUCUCAGAGAUUAGCCCCUCUUGUGAGGAUCUGGGAUGCCAGCAGAGAUGUGAUAUGAGUGAUGGCAUCCCACACUGUAGCUGUGGUCCUGGCUACACCCUACACUCAGAUGGCUUAACCUGUACUGAUGUUGAUGAGUGUGUGCAGUAUGCCCAUAUAUGCAGCCAUAGUUGUCGCAAUAUAGCUGGAGGGUUUGUGUGUGAUUGUCAGUCUGGGUACAGGCUUCAUUCAGAUGGGAGAACAUGUAAUAAGGUAGAGGAGCCUGUCACAGACACACCCUCCGCUGAAGAUCCCUCUGCAGUUCCUUACCACUGGAGACAAUAUAUUGAUGACAUGUUAGACCCUCAUAAGCCAUCACCAGAAGAACCAGCCCAGAGGGCCACCCAGCCAAAGAUGAGCAUUAAAGCCAGAGUAAGGACAACUAAACAGAGGGGCAUCCAAGAGCCAUAUGUACCUCCAUCGGAAGGCACGGACACUCAGGACAGACCCUCAUUUGUUGAGCAUGAUUCAUCCAGACAACCAACGCACCUUCACGGAGGCCAUCCUUCAUUACCACACCAGCCUGGCCCUGGCUUUAGAAGUGAAACAUCUGGACAUGAUCCUUACAAUCUGCCUUCACAGUUUAAUCCAAAUGCUCGAUAUGAGCAGCUUCCUCCUGAGUUGACCAAGCAAAUGUUUGGAAAAUAUGAUCGCAAGAAGUUGGUUCCAUUUGACUUUGAAGAUCAAGAAUAUCAAGAACCAUUUCGAAAGGGUGGUCCAUCAGCAGAGGGACCUGGGUCAAGAGCCAUAUUCUGGGAAGAAAUCCCAACUGACAUUGCAACGACACUCACCAAAGUUACCCCCUGUGGGUCUGGGUACAACUGCCCUGAUGCCUUACCUGAGUUUGCUGACCCUUCUUUCCAAGUACCUGAUUUGGCUGAUCCCUUUCUUCAGGCUCCUAAUCCACCCCUAGAACCUCCUCCUGCUGUGAUACCAAUUGAAAAGCAGAGACUCGCAGACCGAGGCAGCUUGAACAAACCGCAAAUCAAAACGAAGAAGGUGAGUCGACGAAAGGAGCAUAGACCCAGGGGACAUAAACAUAGGAGGAGACACAGGAAGGGCAAAACUCGCAACAAGAAGACUAAAACUGAUAAAACCAAACCAUCACCUUCUACUUACUUGAAGAAACCUACAACGUCAGCUUCUAACAGUAAAAGCAAGUUGGACGGAGAGCAGUGGCAGAAGGAUGGGAAGGCUUGUAGAGGAGACUUGUGCUAUUUUCCUGAAGAGUCUGAGGAAGAAAAUGUAACACCAUUUGGUGUUGUUCAAACUGAUGACUUUGGUCAAUGUCCAGAGGGAUUUGAACUUUUGAUUGUGAAUGACUUUCAAGUAUGUAAACCACUCGCAGAGCUUGCAAGAUCCCGAACAUUUCCAGCUGCUCUUCCUACAAUGUCUACCACUCCGCACCAGACAGCUAAAGAGACUGGCAAUAAUGUAGAUUCUGACAUAGCCAUUGACUUGGAGAGUGAAGUAGAAUCUGUCAAGUCUGUACCAUCAACACGACCUCCAUUUAUCAACUUCUGCGUAAAAGAAGGCAAAAUCAUGAUCAUUACAGCAAAAGGGAUACACUGUAAACACAAAUCUGAAGAAAACAUAUUUGUUGAUUGUGAAGAACAUGAAGUCUAUGUGGAGACUGUAGCUGGAUAUAUUUGCAGGGAUCCCUCAACAGAAGAUAUCUUGUCCACCCCUAUCCAGUGCCCUUCUGGGCACACCUUGAUAAAGACCAACACUGGGUAUGAAUGCAGAGGAACAGUGGUUCUGGAAUCAUCCUGUCCUGAAAACUAUGAAACUGUGCAAACCAUGUCAGGAACAAUAUGUAGCCCCUCAUCUCCAUUUACGUCCACAGGAAAGACCACUUGUCCACCAGGUACAGUCCUAACAGAAUCUGAGAAAGGAACCGAGUGUCUCCACAUAAUAGAUGAACUGUUAGCAGCAACAACUGUUGUAUCAGAUGACCUUGUCACAACGGACCAUCCCAGGGAGUACCCUAUAGGGCUGCCUCCUAAACCAGAUGUGCCCACCACCUCACCUGUACCUGACUUAACAACUGCGUCCAUACUUUGCCCACCUGGUCAGAUCGGUGUACAAACUGACACAGGUCCUGUUUGUAAGUACUACACAAAAUUGGAGAGAGGCAGAGGAGAUCUUCCACCCUUUUGUCCAGAAGGAAGGACAAUGAUGAACACAGAGUCUGGACUACUCUGUAUCGGAGCUUCAGUAAUGGUCGAGUAUGAUGGACCAGUUACACUUUUAUACAGUGAAACAGAGGAAUCAGGCCCGAAUAUCUCACCUUGCCCAAAGGGACAGGUUUUAGUUAGCACAGAAGAUGGGGAAAAGUGCCAGGACCUCCAGCGCCCAUUUGUUUUACCAACUGAUGAUAUACUACUUGUGCGAAAUGUUUGUCCACAUGGACAGGUUGCCGUUAACACAUCUGAUGGAUCUGAGUGCCGUUGGAUUGGCAUAGAGAAGGAAACUGGCCCUGAGCCUCUAUGUCCUGAAGGGUGUUCAAUCCAGCAGACUAACUUUGGAUUGCUGUGUAUUAAUGACACCACAGGUGAGCCUGCUUUAGAUGGUAACUUUUCCUGUCCUGAUGGGCAGAUAGCUCUUUUCACUCCAAAGGGCAGUAUGUGUAAAUCAGAGGGUGUCAUUGUUGGGAAAAUAUUAACUGUUACUGAGAUAGAUGACCUUCAAACAGAACCAGGAUGUGGUUUAGAUAACCUUGUGUUUCAAACACUGGCUGGACCCCUCUGUCUAGAUAAAGUGUCUAGAGAACCUGUGAUUCAUGAAGAGAAAAUCUGUCCUGACUCUGAGCUUGGAGUACUUUCUCCAUCCGGUGUUGUCUGCAAGCUGAGAUCAGACAUUUUGCUUUACACUUUGACGUGGGGUUCUUGUAGUAUUGGACAAACAGUUGCAGCAACAGAGGCAGGAUCUAUAUGUGUAUAUCAGGAUACCAAAUAUCCUGUGUUUGAUGACAGCAUACCAUGCCCCGAUGGCCAGGCUCCAGUUGUGACACCAUCUGGAACAUUUUGCAAAUUGAGAUCAGCCAUAGUGACUUCAUUUGAAGAAACGGAUGCAUCAGGAGGAUGCCAAUCAGGGCAGACAGUUCUGGAGACAGCAGCAGGUGCCAUUUGCAUCAACAGUGAAACGCUGCUCCCAAUUAUCGAUGAAAGCAUUUCGUGUGCUGAAGGACACGUGCCAAUUGUUACCCCAGGAGGGACAUUCUGUAGACAUCGGUUAUCGUUACUGACAAGACUAUCAGAGAAACAAAUAUAUGCCUGUGCUGAUGGUCAGACGAUUGUGGAAACAGAAGCUGGGGCCAUUUGUAUCCAUAGUGAAACUCUGGAACCAGUCAUUGAUGAGAGUGUAUCGAGAUGUCAGAAUGGCCAAGCAGCUGUGGUUACGCCCUCAGGGACUCGGUGUAAGCCAAGAUUAUCCAUUUUGACAAGAUUGGUUAAAAAACCAAAAGGCGAUAUUAAGACUGAAACAGAAAUUUCCACUCAUUCUUGUGUUGAAGGACAGAAAAUUCUUGAAACAGAAGCCGGAGCAAUCUGCAUCCACAGUGAAACACUACAACCUGUGAUUGAUGAGACUGUAUCUUGUAUAGAUGGGCAAACCCCUAUUGUAACUCCUACAGGAACUUUAUGUAAACUUCACUCUGCAAUACUUACCAGGUUAACUGUAGAUGAGAGUGAUAAGCAUGAAAUUUCUACAGAAUUUGAAACACUGUCAUGCAGUGAGGGUCAAGAGGUUUUAGAAACAGCAGCAGGUGCCAUCUGCAUUCAUGGAGAAACUUAUCAGCCAGUCAUCGAUGAAUCAUUGUCUUGUCCUGAUUCUCAGGCACCAGUUGUUACACCUGCUGGAACUUUGUGUAAACUACGCUCAUUAAUACUGACACCAUUGUCGGAAACACAACUACAAACUUGUGCAGAAGAUCACAAGGUUUUAGAAACAGAUGCUGGACUAAUUUGUAUUCAUAAUAUGACUUUACAACCCAUUGUUGAUGAAAGGGUAUCAUGUCCAGAUGGUCAGGCACCUGUUGUGACCCCAAAUGGAACAUUGUGUAUCCUUCGUUCUGCAAUUUUACAGAAGCUCCCUAAGGUUGAAGGACCAGUCUGUGAAGGACAUCAGUUGCUGGAAACAGAGGCUGGGGCUGUUUGUUUUCAUAAUUGGACAAUGCAGCCCAUGAUUGAUCAAGACUCUGUUUGCCCAGAUGGACAGAUAUCAGUUCUGACCCCAACGGGUGCAUGCUGUAAACUUCACACUGCAGUCCUAACAAUUUUAAAUGAAAAUGGCACUUUGACAACACAAUCUCCUGUACCAUCUUGUGACGAAGGCCAGAGAAUAUUGAAAACAGAAGCAGGCAUUAUCUGCAUUCACACGAACACUUUACAGCCAGUUGUUGAUGGACGUAUAACAUGCCCAGUUGAUUAUACACCUAUUAUCACACCAACAGGUUCGGUUUGUACUCGUCAUUCAGCUAUAUUAACAAGACUGUCCGAAACAGGAACUCUAUUUUGCACUGAAGGACAAGAUAUUCUAGAAACUGAGAUAGGUCCCAUUUGCACACAGGGUGAGAUAUCAAGGCCCAUUGUUGACCACAGCUUGUCUUGCCCUCAAGCAGAAACACCUACUGUAACUCCAGUGGGCACGGCAUGUAUGCCAAGUUCUAUCAUAGAAGGACUUUUAGAACAAACAGGUGAAACAGGUAGUUGUGGUAUAGGAAGAAGAAUACAUGAGACUGAAGGAGGUCUGAUUUGUGUAGACAAAGAAACUGAUCAGCCAGUGAUAGAUGAGGGCAUGUUCUGCCCUGAGGGACAGGCAGCCGUUGUGUCUCCAACAGGAACGUUUUGUAUGCUUCAUGCCAUUAUCUAUGGUCGACUGUCAAGAAUACCUGCAAAAAGCACUUACAUGUCCAUGACGACUCCAUCAACACCGGAAUCUUGCCAAGAUGGGCAAUUUGUACUUCAGACAGAUGCGGGACCAAUUUGUGUUUAUGUGGAAACCCAGGAUGCAGUUGUGGAUGUGACCGUAUCCUGUCCAGAUGGACUGUUGCCAGUUGUGGCACCAUCAGGGACGUUCUGUUUGCUGCAGACAAAAAUAUUUGCAAAGCUUUCACAGCUAUCUGUCAAAACUAACGAUUCAUUCUCUGAGAACAUGGUGAAUGUUACUGAGGAAGAAAAUGCUUGUGGUGAAGGACAGAGAGUUCAUAAACAGAAAUCACAAGAAAUAUGUGUUUAUGAGGAAACUUCAGAACCAGUCUUAGAUUUUAGCAUAACUUGUCCUAAAUCUAAAAUUGCUGUAUUGACACCAACUGGAUUUGUCUGCAAGUCACAGAGGUCAAUUUAUGGUAAGAAGAAGUUUGUGAGUGAAAUCACAAAAUCAGCAAUGGAGGACAAUGACGUAGAUGAAGUAGAUAGAGAACUUAGUUGUGGCUCUGGAAGCAAAGUGUAUCAGACUGAAGAUGGAUUAAUCUGUAUUGAUACAGAAACAGAAGAGCCAAUAUUUGAUGAAAGUGUAACCUGCCCUGAUAGCAAAGUGCCAUACGUCACACCAUCCGGCACAGUUUGUAAACUAAGACUGCGUGAAACUGAUGCAGAAGCAUCAAGGAAAGACAGAUUUGAAGAAGAUUUAGCAAAUACAUGUGGUGAUGGCCAGAAGAUGCUUUCAAUCAGUGCUGGAGUCAUUUGUGUCCAUGAAGAUUCUCUGGAGCCCGUUAUUGAUGAGUCAGUGUUUUGUCCACAAGGCAAAGUAGCUGUACGGACACCAUCAGGUACAUCUUGUAGAUUAGAGGAAAGAAUUUUUGUGACCAGCACUACUGAAUUUACCACGCUAACCACUGCUGAAGCCACCACGCCCACCACUGCUCAAGCCACCAUACCCACCACUGCUCAAGCCAGCACACCCAGCAUUACUGUAUCAACCAAAAGCACAGUACCCACAUGUCCACUCGGUGAGAAAUUAGUCAUUCGGCAAAAUCAGUACAUUUGUGAGAUGGAACAAUCACUAACAACACAGACCACUAUUUCAGAAGCACCAACAUGCGGUGAAGGACAGAUUGUUGGGGAAUCUGAGCUAGGGAUGGUUUGUCUUUAUCAUCACUCUCUUAAAACUGUCAUUGAUGAACAGGUGGAAUGUGAUCUAGGUGACAUUGCUGUUGUAACCCCUCAUGGAACUGUGUGUAUGUUGCGAACUGUGAUAUUAAAAGAGUCUGCACCAACGACACCUCUAUCAAGACCAGCACCAGCGCCAGCACCUACUGCAAGUGUUCCAAUAUGCCCAAGAGGACUAACUCCUGUGUUGAGAAAUGGACAGUUUGUUUGUAGACAUGUGAUUGUGAGCAAAGCUAAUGUGGAACCUUCCACUGCUCGCCCUGAACAAACAGAGAGGUGUGAUGUGGGUCAAAGGAUUUACCUUACGUCUGUAGGUAAAAUUUGUGUUCAAGAACACACAUUAGAGCCAGUAAUUAACAGAUCUGUGAGCUGCUCCAGUGGUGACGUGGCUGUUUUUACACCAUCUGGAGUGGCUUGUAAAAACAGGACAGCUAUCUACCAAAGCUUGCCAAAUCCAACAGAGGCUCCAGAAGUGACAGAGACCUAUCCUGAUGUUGAUAAGGGCUGUCCAGAAGGUCAAGUGGUUGUGUCCCACAAUGGUCAGUUAAUCUGCAGGCCAGAUGAUGAGGUGAACACUGGAGGUGAAUGUCCUCCAGGAUAUCAAAAAGUUAUGAUUGAAGGUUUAACAGAGUAUCAAUGUCAGUAUGUUGGUUUUAGUACAGACAAGGGCUCCAGGGAAGCAGAAAGGAACUAUGAGCGGAACCUUAAGUGUCCAUUUGGGCUUGUUUUGACGCAUACGCCCAAUGGGCCAGCAUGUAGAUAUCCGUCCAAGACAAGUAGGACUGCUGGAACUGGUGCUGAUGAUCUACCAGCAGGAGCUAAUAAUAUUCCGGACAGUAGUUUUAUACCACCAGUAGUUACAGAUCGAGGACAGCCUUGUAGUGGAGGAACAAACUGUGGAGGUGAAAACACCAGGCCACAUGGUCAGACUGUCACAUGUCCAGAGGGUGUGAACUGUGUUGGCUUCCGACCUGGUGUCCAUGUUCCGGUGGCCCCUUGUUUGCAAGGAAUAAACUGUGCUGUACCUGUCGUAAGGACACCUGUGGUUAGCUCUGGGUGUUUCAACGGAAUUCAAAUCGCCAAUGGUCAGCCUUGUGCUAGUAUGCCUGGAGUCUUUCCUCAACUCAGUAACACACCAUGUGGAUCAGGAUCUAACUGCGGGAUUCCUUGCUCUACUAGUAACUGCCGUGGUGGGGCUGUGGUCCCACCCAUGUACAAUGGUUGUGGGAACGGAGGCACUACUGCUGGAGGGUGUGGUAUCCAACCUAGACCAUCUUAUCCCUUUUCUGUCACGCAAUCCUGCAGCAAUGGGUUUCAGCCUUAUCAAAGAGGGAAAAUUUACAUGUGUGUUCCACUGAAGAUUCAGGGGUUAUGCGGCAGUAACGUAAUGCUGAAGACCCUCCUUGGUUCAGAGAGGUGUAAUGGUGUCCACCAAGCAGUUCCUCCUCAUCGUUCCAUCACUCCCUGCACUCUGAAUAAUGGCUACCCUAUCACGGGCAAGUUGUCCUCUGCCUGUACCCCACUAGACGGCCUCACGCCUGUUGAGGGAGCUGAAGGAGUGUGUAGAGCUGGAGAGCAGUUGUUUCAGUCAGCUAGAGGUAGGACUGUGUGUCUCCCUGUCUCCUCAAUUGCUGCUACAUCAGCUCCGGAGGUACAGCAGGAGGCACUCCCUACAUGCAGAACUUCAGAAAGGCUGGUGAAAACGGACAGGGGUUACAUCUGCCAAAGAUUGCCCUCCUCAGGAUGUAACCCAGAGUGUGCAAAUGGAGGGACCUGUGACAAUGGGGUGUGUAGGUGUCCCAGGGGGCUCUCAGGCAGCAGCUGUCAGACAGAUAUUGACGAGUGUAAACGUCUGCCAGAGAGACACUGCCAUUACAAGUGUAUGAAUGGGUUUGGUAGUUACAGAUGUGUCUGCCCCACUGGCUAUACACUUAACGCAGACAGGCGCACAUGUAAAGCAAUAAGAUGCACACCAGAGUGUAGAAAUGGUGGCACUUGUGUGGGAGGAGUGUGUAGAUGUACUGCAGGCUUCACAGGAAGGCAGUGUGAGAUCGAUGUGGAUGAGUGCUCUGGGAGAGAGGGCUUAUGUGAGUAUCAGUGUCGUAACACAGUCGGAAGCUACACCUGUGUGUGUUCUGCAGGUUCCCGCCUCAGGGAAGAUGGCAGAUCUUGCGAAAGACAGAGCUGCAUGCCUUCAUGUCAGAAUGGAGCCACUUGUAAGGACCAUCGCUGCUUCUGUGCCCCGGGCUAUUAUGGUGUCAGCUGUCAAUUAGAUAUCAAUGAAUGUUUCCACUUCCGACCAUGCAGUCACCUGUGUCACAAUACCAAAGGUAGUUAUGUCUGCGCCUGUCGAUCUGGAUUCCGAUUGGCUUCAGAUGGUCACAUGUGCCUUCGGAAUCCCUCACCAGAGAGCCCCACCAGACGCAGACGAAGACCCAGAACCACACGAAGGAGAAAAGCCACAGCAUUAGGGUAGUUGGUUUUAAUGACUGAGGUACUGAUAUAUUAGGCUUUAAUUGUUAUUAAGGACAUGGGUCUUAGUAUCCCUUUGUUCCCUCUGAUAUCUGUUGGAUGUACAUGUAUCAGAUACAUAUAUUGGCUCAUUUCUAUGUGCAUUUAUAUGUUUGUUUCUGUGUGUUAUUUUUUAGCCAUUUUUCUGAUUUUGGCUUUCUGUUAGUGUCAGUUAUAUUGUUUAUCACUUUCAUGCUAAAACUUUGGUUAAUGAAGUUGUCACUAGUUUUUAUGUGAUAGUCUAGUGGAAAUAAUAGUAUUUAUCAGUUUCAUAUUGGAGCUGUAGUUAUUGAAGUGUUUGUUUGAAGUACUGUUAUUCACAUUGAUUGCUUGAAUGAUAUGUUAUUAACAAUCGUGACAUGUACAUCCCAGAUGUAAAAAUGAAUACUAGUAAGCAAGUAUUUGUCUGGGUGAUGUGGUGAGUGGAGGGGGUUCAUGCAUCAGUAUACAAGUGGAAGACUGUCAGAAAAUAUAAAUCUACAGGACUCAGAUCUGAAUACUUCUAUGGUCACUGAAGUAGUUUAGUGGAAUAUUUCACUGAGCAGUUUUGUACAUGUUGAAAAGAAAACCAAAUACCUUUUCGGAUAACUUUUGACUGUUUAUCUUGAUGGAGAAUACUUUAAAUUAUAUUUGUAGAAUAGUUUUCUUGUAACAUUUAUCAGUCCAUCUUAUGUUAAACAGACCAUUAGGAUGCAGUAGUGUGCUGUCACAUGUUUAUGAUGACAAAUGGUCAUGAUGUACUGACUUCUUCAUGUUUGGAAUAGCUAUGAAAUUCUCUCUGAUCUGUAUGGCUCAAUCCUUAUACUUCUGUGUC